AUGGCCGCGAUCGCACAUAUCUGCCCGCAGCACCUCUUCGCCGGCGGAUGCACCAGACAAAACUGCCCACUGCAGCACAACGUCAAGUUCUGUGACUUCUGCAACAUAACUUGCGUCCACGACAUCUUCGCACAGCACCUUGCAGGCAAGCGGCACGGAGCGAGGUCCCAGGCUGGGCAGGUCGUUGCGGUACGUUGUCCCGUCUGCAACACCCGCCUCACCGGCAACGCCACAUGGGUAGAGCACGUCACCAGCCCCGACCACCGAGCGCGAGCACAGGCAGCAGGGAGGUCUCCAGAGGUCUAUCCACUCGACGCGUCCCUCGCCAAUGCAAACGUCUGUCUAGCAUGCAAGCGCGCUAUCCUUCAGUCCGACUGGACCCCGCACCUCCGGAGCGCCGCGCACAAGCGCAUCACGCAGAACACGGUUUAUCAAGCCCAAUUCGAACAAGCGGAGAGGGAUCGCCAGGGCGUCUUCGUAUCGCAUGGAGAGGAGGGCAUAGAUUUCGGCGUUGUCGACUUCGCCGCUGGACAGCAGCCCCCUGUCGUGCAGCUGCGCGUGUCGGUGAGCGCAAGAGGGCUGGUCAUAUCUCGGGUCGAGACGUUUAAAGGCGCGACAAACCGGCCGUCGAGUUUCACGGCCGUUGCGACGCAAGUGGGCGUUCCACUCGACGUCGAAGCGCAAACCACCAUCGAUGUUUCUGUGCAAGCCGCUCAGCGUGGCAAGCACGACGGCCGCCUCGAGGUCGUGUUCCAACACGUAGCGAGUGGACGAACGUUUACUGUCAUGCGCCAACUGCGCGCUAUCAUCGGCAAAGCCACCGCCCAUACACUACUCAAGCCCACAGCGCCGUUCGUGAGGAACCGACGCGUCGCUUGGCGGGGCGGAGGUCCUGUGUUGGAAGGCGAGCGUCCCCCGGCGCUCAAUGUUAUCACCUACAUACGCAAACUUCCUCCGUCACAAAUACCAUCACGACUGGCCGCUAUCCUCACAAGCACGGACCACAAGGAGAUCUUGCACCAGGUGAAGACUCUUUUUAUGCAAGGUAAGUUCAACACGAACUCCCACUGCUCGCAUUUCCGGGCACUUCUCUGGAUCGAAGAGAUUCGUCUAGUGGAGGACCUACACAUGUACGAUAUCCCCGAUGCACGGUUCACCAAGGAAGGAAAAUUGCACACACUGACCGUGCCCGGAUUGGCCGAAAAGCGACCGAGUGUUGUCGUCGGCGACACGAUCCUUGCGCAGAGCGCCACGGGACGCACUCAUCAAGGCUAUGUGCAUGAAGUCCGUCGACAUGACAUUCGGGUCAGCUUCCACUGCAAGUUCGCUGGCGGCGAGCCUCACAAUGUCCGGUUCCAAUACAACCGCACGCCCGAGAAACGGAAGCACCAAGCACUGCUCGCGCUCUCGACUUGCGCGGGGCGUCUACUGUUUCCGGACCCCGGUGAUCACAGAAUAGCCGUGGCUGUUGACGUUACCCAGCAUGCUUUACAACUAUUCGACACCAGAAUCGCUACGAACGGUCCUCAACUUCUGGCAGUAGUGACGGUGCUAGGAUGGGGCCCGCGGCUUCCACCCUUCUGCAUCGACGGCCCACCCGGGACAGGGAAGACGAGCGUGAUGGUCGAAGCCAUCCUGCAAGUGCUCCGUCGGCACCCCGAACGCAAGAUCCUGGCCUGCGCGCCAAGUAACAGCGCCGCAGAUCUGCUCGCUCAGAGGCUCGCUACCGUGCUCUCCACGAGCGAGAUGUUUCGGUGCAAUGCCGUACACCGCCCACAUUCCACUAUCCCUGCCGACGUUCUUCCCUAUACGUAUCUUCGCAAUAAUCUCUUCACCAUUCCACCUCUCGAAACACUGAACACGUACAAGAUCAUCGUUUCCACCUGCGGAAAUGCGCCUUUUGCGUACAACAUUGGAAUGCGCAAAGGCCACUUUGCCUACAUCUUCGUGGACGAGGCCGGCCAGGCAACCGAGCCCGAAAUCCUUGCCGCGAUCAAGACCAUGGCCGACGACGAUACUCGGGUCAUAUUGUCUGGGGACCCCAAGCAGCUUGGCCCCGUCAUUAGGUCGAGUAUUGCUCGCGAGCUAGGUCUAGGGAAGAGCUACUUGGAGCGACUCAUAGAACGGCCAGUGUACGCGCCGCCGGUCGCUCGGAAUCUGCUAUACGUGAAGCUUGUCAAGAACUUCCGUUCGCACCCGUCCAUUCUUCAGUACCCGAACGAGCAAUUUUACGAAGGCGAGCUGGAAGCUUGCGCAGACCCUGGUCACACCAACGCCUUCAUUGGAUCCCCUCAACUGGUCUCGCCGAACUUCCCUGUUGUCUUCCAGAACGUCGCGGGAGAGAAUGAACAGGAGGCUACUUCACCGUCGUAUUUCAACAUCCUUGAGGCCACUGAAGUAGUGGAGCGUAUCGAGCAGCUUCUCGCAGACACCGCCCAUCCCGUUCGUCCAGAGGACAUCGCCGUGAUUACUCCAUACUACGCGCAAGCGCGCAAGAUCCGUCUGUUGCUCCGGCAGUCCACCAUCAAGGGUGUCACGGUUUGCAGUGUCGAGCAAAUCCAAGGGCAGGUGCGC